AGUUUUCUGAGUUGCUAAGGAGAAACUACAAGUGACUGUCCGAGAAUAGGAAACUAGAAUACUGCAAUCAUGGCAGGCGGAACUAAAACCGAUAUGGAAAGAGUGGGAAUCUUUAAGGAGAUGGAGUACAUAUCAAUUGGAGAUAAAUAUGUACCUGCCGGAGCGAUGGCUUUUAAUAUUGCUGCCGGUAAAGGGAAGCAAAUUCUUCCCGGUGGAUCAAAGGAAAGAUCUGCGAAAACAGAUGGAUAUUUUACCGAUAAAUUUUCAAGGAUAUUAGAAGGAGAAUCCUAUAGGUCUGGUUUGGGUAAUCAUUAUGGUACAUUGGGAGGACCAAUUGAGUACUUUAAACCAAAUGCAAAACCCUACGAAUCUAAUAAGGGAGAGAAGAGGAAUAUUGUAACAAAUCCAGGAAAAUUAGGAACAGGUUUUGGAUACAGUAACGUGACUAUUAAUAAAUUCCCAGAAUAUAAAGCUGAUAGCUAUGGACGAGCAGGAGAUUUGUUUAAAAAAGAAGUUGAAGUCCAUAAAAAAUCAGUUAAGGGAUCAGCAUUCAAAUUGAAUAUGCAUCCGAAAGCCUACUUCGACGACAAUCCAUUCAAAUCUGAUAAGGGACAAAGUGGUACACGAAAAGAAAGCACUCUGAAACGAGAUCUGAAACCAUUUAAACCCAGUUCUCCAGCAAAGAAACCUGGCAAUAUGCAUGCAGGAACGUUUACAAAUUACCCAACACAUUCUGAAGAUAAAUACAAGAUCGUCAAAUUUGGAAGACCAGUUGAUGUCAGAAAUAAACACGGAAAAGUAUUUGUACCAUCGCAGGGCCCAAAGAGCACACCUGUAAACUCGGUUGUCAAUCAAAAUGUUAUAAGGUCUAUCAACGCUCAAAACUACAAAACUUUGUCAUCAGUGAUGAGUUAUUAA